GGAGAGAGCCGAGAGAGAACGGAAAGGGAGGGAGAGCGAAACCGGAGAGAAAAGCAGGAGAAGAGGACUUGUGGAGGUGAGCCAAGGAGCCGAGGACCCCCGGAACGUCCAGCCGCCGCUGUUGAGCCGCCAAAAGCCACCGUCUUCCUCGGAACCCAGGAUUGGCCUUAGUCCAGUUCGUGUGAGUAAUGGCACUUCGUCUUUUGGCCGCGCCUUAUCUUCCGAAGCUUCCCUCUCCAACGGCUAAUGGUCGAGUCCAUUGUUCAGGGAGCACGCAGGUCUCUGAUACUCAAGGAGGACGGAGAUCGGCCAAUUAUCAGCCAACCGUUUGGACUCACAAUUACCUUCAGUCACUUGAGGCUGAUGAAAGCCGUCAAUCUCGUCGUGCGGUUGAGCUACAGAGAGAAAAGGCACAAAUGUUGGAAGAAGUGAGAGGUGCUCUCAAUGACGAAAAAGCUGAACCCAUGACCAUAUUUGCUCUGGUUGAUGACUUUCAACGCUUAGGACUCGGCCAACAUUUUAAGGAAGACAUUUCGAGAGCUCUUCGCAGAUGUCUCUCUAAUGAUGCGGUCAAUAAGAGCCGGCAGAAGUCUCUGCAUAGCACAGCUCUAAGCUUUCGGAUUCUUAGACAGCACGGCUUUGAAGUUUCUCAAGAUGAUUUUAAGAUUUUCAUGGACAAAAGUGGCAAUUUUAUGAAGACCCUUGGUGGUGAUGUCCAAGGAAUGCUGAGUCUACACGAAGCCUCCCAUUUGGCCUUUGAAGAAGAAGAUAUCUUGCAAGAGGCUAGAUCAUUCGCCAUCGAGCAUCUCAGAAACCUUAAUUGCAAGGUCGACAAAGAUCUUCAAGACCAAGUGAAACAUGAAUUAGAACUGCCUCUGCACUGUAGAAUGCCAAUGCUAGAAGCUCGACGGUCCAUUGAAGCUUACAGAAGAUGCGGAUACACCAAUCAUCGAAUCCCUGAAUUUGCCGCGACAAACUUCGACACGUUGCAAUCAAUCCUCCAAAGAGAUCUUCAGGAAAUGUCAAGAUGGUGGAAUGAUGUUAGCCUCGCGAGAAAUUUGAACUUCGUGAGGGAUAGACUAACGGAGUGCUUCUUUUGGGCGGCUGGAGUGGCAGACGAACCUACGCUCACUAAUUGUCGGAAGCGGCUGACCAAAGUGACCUCGCUGAUAACCAUCAUGGAUGAUGUGUACGAUGUUUAUGGCACAUUGGACGAACUGGAGCUAUUCACUGAUGCUGUCCGCAGAUGGGACAUCAAUGCUGUGGACGAUCUUCCAGGCUAUAUGAAGUUGUGCUUCUUAGCUCUCUUCAACAGCGUGAACGAAAUCGCUUACGACACUCUCAAGGAGACCGGGAAAAUUGUCAUCCCGUAUCUAGCAAAAUCGUGGUAUGAUUUGUGCAAAUCCUUCUUGCAAGAAGCCAAAUGGAGCUACAACAAGACUAACCCACGAUUUGAAGAGUACUUGAACAAUGGGUGGAUAUCAUCAUCAGGGCAUGUCAUAUUGAUUCAUGCCUACUUUUUAUCAGGCCCAAGCAUGGGACGGGAGGAACUAGAAUCGCUAGAACAUUACCAUGAUAUCUUGCGCUUGCCAUCCAUGAUUUUUCGUCUUACCAAUGAUCUCGUUACCUUAUCGGCUGAGCUAGAGAGGGGAGAAACAACGAAUUCAAUCACGUGUUACAUGCAAGAGAUGGGGGUCUCCGAAUCAGAGGCUCGCGAUUACGUUAUGAAAUUGAUCGACACAUCUUGGAAACAGAUGAACAAAUAUCUAGUCAACGGCUCCACCUUCGAUCAAUCUUUUGUGCGGAUGGCUUACAAUCUUGCCCGGACAACACAUUUCAUGUACCAGGAUGGAGAUGCGCAUGGAUCUCCGGACAACCGGUCGAGGAACCGUAUGCACUCAUUGAUAAUCGAGCCUAUUUCUCUCGAGCCAUGUUUGGAUGGAGGGAUUUUGACCUAAAUCUGUUCGCACAAAGUCAUUCCUCCCUUUGCUGAAGGAAAAAAUAAGGCAGUGGAAUGAAGCAACCGUCAAUAUAGUGGAGUCAAAGAAAUCAUUAAGGCAGUAGAGUCUCUUAAAUUUAUGACUCGAGUUUAAGCCGGAAGUGAAUUGCUGAAUUUUGAAAUAUAAAUUAAAAUAAAAGGGCAGCAAAGUUUUAUUUUCGUC